GCUUAAAUAAAAUAUUUUUAUUUAUGAAAUUAACAUCAUAUAUUUACAUUGAUGAAAAAAUAAUACUCCGUAUUAGACUAUAAUGCUACUAACUCCGUUCUUUUUUAUUAGUCCUCUUAGGGUUUGACACGGGUUUUAAUAAUAAAGUAGUAGGGUAAGUAUAGAGUGUGUGGAUUAAAUGAUAAAGUAGGAAAAAUGGUGUAUUAAAAAGAGUAAAAUGAUGAUAAAGUAUGAAAGAGAGUAUAUUAAGAAGAAUAAAGUGAUGGUAAAGUAGGAAUGAGAAAGUAAUUUGUAAAAAGUAAGUGGGGUAAAAGUUUAAAAAAUGGAGGUAUUUUCUCAAAAACUUUCCUUAAAGGGAAAGGAGGACAAACAAAAAAAAACUUCCCAAAAAGGAAAGAAGAACUAAUAAAAAAAGAACGGAGGAAGUAAAAUAAUUUUUAUAUAAAGUCGAGAUAGUGAAUAGUAAAUUUAUAUCCCCAGUGCAUGCAAAUCAGAAACGUUGACGUGUCAACUCAUAAAGUUCGCAGGCAAAAUGGUAACAACGCCGCGAUGAAGCACUACUAUACUCCUCCUUUCUCCUCAAUCCUGACUCGCGAGUCAACUCAGCGCAGAAACGCACGCACUCCUCUGUUUCAAUUUUCACAUUAAACCCCUCCAAACACUUCCUCCGCCCGCCAUAACAAAUUCCUCACCAUCACCAUGGUCAACCACACAGACCCCAUUAUUACGCCCUCGCACCAUCGGAACAUCUCUCGCCAUGCACCGUCACACUCCGCCAGUUCGCCUCAUCGCCCCUUCUCUUCGCCGAAGACGCCGCCUCCGGUUCCGAGCUCGCCGCAGACGACGAGAUUACGCGUCGAUUUCAGUCCACCGCUGAUCGCAAUGGUCGUCGUCAUCGCCGCUGCUUUUGUUCUAAUCACUUACUCGAGGCUAAUUUCGCGCCACCUCAUUCACUUCCACCGUCGCUACCGCCGGUGGCGCCGACGGAGAAGGUCAUACGUGCCGUCGUCUUCGGCCGGCGAUAUUGAGUCUAUUCCGUACUCCUUUGAUCAUACAGACAGAUUUCACUUGUUCUCUCCGUAUGGACUCGACGAGUCCGUGAUCAAAACAAUUCCUCUCUCCAUUUACAGCCGGAAAAGCUCCGUUCACGACUGCGCUGUUUGUUUGAUUGAAUUCGAAGAAGACGACUACGUCCGCACGCUUCCUGUGUGCUCGCACGCGUUUCACGUGGACUGUAUCGAUAUAUGGCUCCGUUCUCACGCGAAUUGUCCGUUGUGUCGUGCUGGAAUUCUCAGGCCAGAUUCGCCGUUCACUCCAUUGAUGGCAGCGAGAAUACGGCCAAGCUUAGACGACUUAAUGUUUGAAAGCGCGAUGUUGGAACCGUUAGCGGAAAUUCCGCUAGAAUCAGACGUGGCUCCAGAAUCAGAGAUCACGCAGGAAGCAUCGCCGAGACGGAACAACCAAUCAGAGGACCGUUUCAACGGCCCCGAUUUCCUUCUGAAACGGUCGUAUUCGUUCGGAUUCGAGAGGAGCAUUGGAUCGGAGAGGCUAAUUUUGGAAGUGACCACCGCGUCUCCUUGGCGCUACCGCAGAGGAGGAAGCGGAAGCUUCUGGAACAAGCGUCCGUCACCGUUCAGCUCGCUGACGAAGCCUAGAGUGUUCUCAUUCCGGCAAUACAGAGGAAUGAAGUCCCCUUUCUUCCGGCGGAGAAGUGUAAGCUUUCUCCCCGGCUCCACCGGCGGAGGAGGCAGCUCAUCGAGACGGACCAAGUCAUUCGCUAGCCCAAUCUUCAUCAGAUCAUCAGCGGCGGCAGGAUUUUUCUCGUCGAGCCGGCUGAGAAGCGGCGAUCCGGAGGCGCUGCUGUCACCGGAGAGAUUCAACCGACGGGGAUAGAACAGAGGGUGGCGGCACGUGGGACAAGGAGAUUAAAUGACUGAACCAUCGGGGACCGUACAGUAAUGGGGUGACCCGUGGAGAUUCCGGAUCGGGCUGGACAAAUACGGGCGGUAUUAAUGAGUUUGGGGGGCAUUCUGGCGCUCAUUAAAUGGAAGGCCGGAGAAAAUUGUGUAAGAAAAGGGAAAUGCAGUUAUGGCAUUUAAUGGGAAUUGACUACUGAUGGCAUUUGCCUUUCCCCUGUCUUCUUCUCAGAUCUCAUAAACUUGGGUAAGUUGGGAAGGCAAUUAAUAGUGGCAUCAUAUUUUAAUGUCUUCAACAACAUUUUGAAUUUCCAAACUAUCUUAGACUCAUGCAGAUGGGGAUAAGAUUUCAAAUCCAGUUUAUCAAUCAAUGUAAAUAUGGAAUAAGUUUAGUUCAACAAUUUAACUUUUAUGUAAUUAGAUUUUGAAUUUCCAGACUUUGGAGCUAUACAUUUUAUACACAACAUUGUGUGAGGCGGUUGAAACAACUUCAAAACAGAUGGAAACAUUGUUUUGAUCUUAAAAUCCUUAGUACUGUAAAUUUUAAUGCGUCUCAACUCGGUUUUCUUUUAAUAAACAAAAUUGGGAAUUAA